AAUCUCGCCUGCUAUAAAGUUUUAGCAAAGAACAAUAUCAUACCUGAAAAAUUCCGGAACGAAUUUCUAGCAUGGCAAGCAACACAUUGUGAUUCGUCAGGCAGAAAGCUUGACUCUCUUGAAGAUGAGGAGGCAGAAGGACGUGUAACGCUUGACAGUCUCUUAGAAGUUCUAAAUCAGCAAGCUGUUGAAAGCGACGAUGCAUAUGAUGAGGUGUACCUUACCGAACAAAAAUGGGAUAUUUCGAAGAGAGGUUCUGUUGAAAAAAAUGUCAUCCUUCUAGCGAAUCGCACCAAAGGCUACUGCCAGAAAUCAAUGGGCAAAGCGAAUAUAGCAGUGGACAAGGUUUUAGUCAACGAGUGCUCUGAAGCUCAAGAACCAAUCGUUCGGGUGAAUCCAAUGUCCUCAGAGGAAGCCGCCGAUGUAAAAUACGUUUUCUCGUUGACGAAGCAACGUCGCUGGGAACUGUAUAUGUUGUGGAUGCAACAG